AUGGUGCGCAUCAAGCUUUCCAUCCUCCUGUUCACUGAGGUAUUCCUGAGGCUCAGCCUCGGUAUCGGAAGUCUACAACCCAACGCUGCUCCGUUCGAUGUUUCCCAACUUGAAUAUACUUCCGAGCCAACCACACUAGUGGUCAACGGCGAGCACAUGCUCGAUGGCGCGGCCUUCCACGCCAGGUAUCCCAUUUCUAGAAAGGCCGAUAUCAAGGAAAACUGGCAUCCGAAAAUUCCCGGAGUCUACCUAGGAGUAUUGAGCGACAAUGAGCAUGCCAUAGCUCUUUACGAGAAAAUAGGUUUCGAACUAAAAGGACAAAUAUACUUCCAAAACGAGACCGUCCCCACCCUCGGAUACGUCUAUCGCUUCGAUUCCUCGUCAGCUCGCGACCUACCCAAGCGUGUUCUAGCCCAGGACAUAGAGCUGAACCCCACGAGUGACCUUGUAGGACAAUUGAAACAGUAA